CGUUUAUCGUGCGCUAAAUAUACGUAUUUGUCAAUAUUUGGGUUUUCCUACUGAAAAUUCUUUGAAAAGAAUAACAUUUAGAUCAUGGAGACCGUAGAAAAAGGAGCUCAAUUUGUACCGAAGUAUACACAAAGAUUGUUUGAACAUAUUGAGAAACAAGCACUUCGAAUUGGUGAAAAAUAUGAUAAUUAUAUGGAUAAUACUUCACCCAGAAAGAAAUAUCUGUGUGAAAUAUUGCUAAGGGUUCCGUUGAUUUUCAUUAUUCACCAAUGGCUACUUCUCAGUCCGUAUUCUAAUUACUGGAUUAUUGAUAUUUUCCUCUUCAUCGUCCGAUACGGAGUUGUAUUUCCCCUGGUUGGAACAUGGGCAUUCAACAGCGGAGUCCUUCUGCAAGUAUACACUGUCCUUACAAUAGAUGUAGCCGUCACAUGGUUGAAACGAAUUGAUUAUUGGACACAUCAAGACGAAGAAUAUGGUAUUUGCCAUGAGAAGAAUGUCCUUGUUUGGACUAAUAUAACAGAACAAUCAAGGGUACCAGAGAUAUGUUCCAUUUCAAUGCAGAUUGUCUACCUUUGUUGCAGACCUGGAGCGUUCGCGCACAGAGGGAAAGUGCAUAUAUCCGCCUCGAUAUACAUUGGAUUGUUUGCGACCCUUGUUCCCAAUAUUCUAAGCGUUUUAAGUAUAUUUCCUUCUUUUCUGUCGGAAGUUUCAUAUUGGAUAGAAAGUACAUUAUUGAUAACAGUGUGUAUAUUUGAAGUAGGUUCAAAUAUGGAUGCAGAUAUUAAAGUUGAUGAAAAUAAAUUAAUGCUACUGACUGCCAAGCACACACUGACAAUUGAUGAGCAGACGAGACUAGAAUACAGAACUAGAAUUCAAGACUUACAACGACGUAUAGAAAAACGAAAUCAGGGUGGUAACUAUGCGGAUCGGUUUCCAGGCAAAUGGUUCAUGCGAGAUACAAUGCUUGCCUUUGGAGCUUUGUAUUUUCUCUUUACUCUUCUGAUCGAAAUUACCAUCUAUCAAACACAACUCACGUCUUUGUCGUCAUCCGAUACACUUUUUAAAGUAUUAACUGUUUGGUGCACGACACAUGUCAUUGUUGUUUUCAUUUCGUAUGGACUUGGACUUCUGUCUAAUCUGUGCGUUGCUCUGUGUCACAUAUUCCUAACUACUGAAAUAAUCAUAAUAGAGGCUUUCGAUGCGAACAUUGGUGGCAUUGUACAAGUAUCUGCGCUCAUAGCAUUUACUGAAGCAAACAUUUUGUCUUUAGAGUACACUGAAAAAUUAGAAGCCAUGAAAAUGGUAGUAUUCCUUUCAGUAUAUGCUAUAAUCUUCCAAACACUCGAUGUUCUGGAACAGAAAAUACUUAAUGCAGUUAACAGCGGCAUGUCCCCAGGUGUGUUAUUCUUCAUGAGGGUCGGGAUUCUGACAGGACUUCUUGCGACUGUCCCAACCUUUUUCACAAUUAUUGUAUCGGAACAUUUAGACAUAAAUCCAUGGCUUCUCUUUAUUGCAUCUGGAAAUUGUAUGCUAAUACUUCGAACUGUGUUUAUGUUUUUGGAAUGUACCUUCGUGUCUUUCACAUGGAACACUACACAGCAUCUAGGUAGAUUAGAAGACCUGAUACAUUACACGCAAGUAUCAAAGUGUCUGUGUCUGGUUGUACUAAAUACUUUGCAAAGUUAUUAUAAAUAUAUUUGUCCGUUUUUUAAAGGUUGGUGGUUAUUAAGACUUUUCGUAGCUGUAUUCAGCUGUUUGGUUGUGGUAUGUGGUUUUGGGAUGAUGGAAUUAAAAAGAUACAAUAGCCGAAACCGUUUGAGAUCACUCCUUAACAAUCUGCCAGAUGUAACGUUCAAAUCUACUAACACCACAAACGAAAAUAGUGCAGAGGAAACCCAAGAGUGUGCGAUUUGUUAUUCUUUUUUGUCAGAAGGGAAGACUUUACCUUGCAAACAUGCCUUCCACAAGGACUGCUUAAGAAGAUGGUUUCAAGUUAAGGCAGUUUGUCCUUUCUGUAACACUGAAAUCAAAUAAGUAAUUCUACACCUUUUGAAACUGAAAAGUUAGAACCUAGAAAUAAAAAGUAAAAAGUAAGAAAUUUGAAGUAAGAUGGUAGAAAUAAACAGUAUGUAAUUUGAAAUAAGAAGUAAGAAAUUAAAUGUCUCUUUUGGGCUUGCGUGCUAUAUAGAGAAGGAUAUGAAACUAGCCUCUACAGAUUAAUAAAAUGUUAAAAUACGGCUGGGGUGUACCUUCUGGCUAUUAUGAAACUCUUGUAGUGAGCCAUUAUGACCAAAAGCCAUACCACAACAAUUUAUGACAUUUUUAUCAUAUACCGAAGCUUUCAUAUUCAUGUUUCAUAUAUUGUCAACAUAUUCUAAUAGGUAUCAAAUAAAUUGUUUUUUUCCUCUUUCUUGUCACCUAAGUC